UGUGUGUGUGUGUGUCUGUGUCUGUGUGUGUGUCUGUGUGUGUGUGUGUGUGUGUGUGUGUGUGUGUGUGUGUGUGUGUGUCUCUCUCUGAGUGUGUGUGUGUGUGUGUCUCUGAGUGUGUGUGUGUGUGUGUGUGUUGACUCAGCUCUCCUCUGUUUUGGUACAAACAGUAAGAACUGGUUUGUAUUUAUGUUUUCACUCAAACAGCUGAUUGAUGUCUGAUUGACUCGUCCUGAUCUGAACGAACAACAUGACCAUCAGCUGAUUUCUGGGCCUGAUUCUCCCUCUGAAUGUUUUAGAACAAUGACCUCAUCAGAUGUUCCUGCGCUGUGAGGAGCAUUAACAGUGAUCUGAUCUGCUCAGAGGAACAUCGCCCUGAUGUCAGAGAAAAUAUCUGUCAUCACUGACCAAUCACAGCUCUUCACCUGUCACACAGCCUCAUCACUGACCAAUCACAGCACUUCACCUGUCACACAAAAGCGCCUACCUUCUCUGGUCCAAACAAAUCCAGAUCAUUCAGGAGCAGAAUCUAAAGUUAGAAGGAGGACAUACUGACUGCUGCAUUGUUGUCAGAGAAGCCAGCACUUCAACAUGUUUCCUUAAUGAUCAGAUAGUAAGAUACCUUUAACAUCUCACUCUCUACACAGCUCACUGAUUGGACCUUUAAUGAUCAACACUAUCAAAAAGUACUGAAGCUUUAAAAAAACAUUAUUUUUUAAGACAGGCGUUUAAGAGAAGAAUGCGUCCAACAAAAAUUGCAGGUAAACGCGAUCACAGUGUUUCAAUUGCUCAGAAACUUUGGCAUGCAGUCGUUCACUGGAUAACAUCAUCACUGAACAGUUCAGGAUGAAAAUCUGUAAAACCUGACUAACUUUGAAAUGAAUUAACAUGCAGCUCUGUGUGUCUCUGUGUGUGUGUGUGUGUGUCUGUGACACCAAGCAGUCUGACCCGUUCCAGGAGUGGACAGACGGUUACGUUCGAUUUAUUUACAGCGGUGACGAUAAGAACGCUCAGAGACAUCUUUCGGGUUGGGCGAUGAGAAAUACAAACAACCACAACUGUCAGAUCCUGAAGAAGUCGUGUUUAGGCGUGGUGGUCUGUUCUCGAGGCUGCACGCUGCCGGACGGCUCCAGACUUCAGCUCCGCCCCGCCAUCUGUGACAAGGCGCGGCAGAAACAGCAGAAGAAGCUGUGCCCGAGCUGCAACGCCCCUCUCGAGCUGCUGCCAUGUCGAGGUCACAGCGGUUACCCCGUCACCAACUUCUGGAGAAUCGACGGGAAAGCAAUCUUCUUUCAGGCUAAAGGAGUCCAUGACCAUCCCCGCCCUGAGUCCAAGUCUGAGACUGAAGCCAGAAGAAGUACAGUAAAGAGACGAGUCAGCUCGCCGCCGUUCACGCCCAAACGCCGCCUCCUCGAACCUCAGGCUCUAGGCCCCGCCCUCCUCUCCUGUGUUGACCCAUCAGAGAGAAUCUCCUUCAUUGAGCCAAACUUCACCCAGCAUUACCCAUCAUUCCAGAGCCCAGAGCCAUACUACAACCACAAUGCACUGGGAGAGGCCCCACCCACACUCCAGAAACCAGCCAAUCCACGGCUAUAUAUGGGCCGACCCAGUUAUGAGUUCCAGGGAUACCUGACCUCACCUUCAUAUCCCAUGACCUCUGACUUCUGUGACCCCAGGGUGACCCCAGUCCUGGGUCCAUCCUCCUCCUCUAACUCCUCUUCAGUUCCUAUCUCCUCCUCCUCCUUCGAGCCCCAGUCCAAGACUGCUUCAGGCUGGAAGGAACUGCUGAAGACCUCCGCCCCCUAUGGAGACAACCACCAUUACUACAGCACAGAGUACCCCUGCCGUUACCCCAACAAUGCUCCAGGGUCACCUGCAGCCCUGCAGACCAUCAUCACCACAACAACCAAGGUGUCCUAUCAGCCCUGUCCAAAGCCUCCUGCUGCGCUUCCUUCAUACCAGUCCUGUCCUGCCUCCAAACCCCCUGGCCUCCCUGGCUGCUCCUCCCUGCUGGACGACUCCCCCUCCUCCUCGUACUCUACAGAGGUGAAGGUGACUGAAGAGUCAGGUGGAGUCAUCAAGUCUCUGUCAUUUCAGCCUGAACCCCUGCAGACCAAAACAGAGCGGACUGACGGCUACGACUACCGCUACACCUACCCCAACACGUACCGCUACGACGACUACUGAGCUAGCACUGCUACAUUGCUGUUACCAUGACUACUAUUUUUAAGACUACUGUUACUACGACCACUGUUAUCAAGAAUACUGUUACCAUGACUACUGUUGCUAUGACUACUGUUACCAAGACUACUGUUGCUAUGAUUACUGUUUCCAAGACUACUGUUUCCACAAAAUGUUCACCUUUGCCACCAUGACGACCAUGUCUAAGCGUUCUGAUUGGACGCCUCCUUUAGCUGGUCGUACACGGUCUGCUUGGUGAAAACAUUGGGGCGCUCAUUGGACUAAAGUCAGACUGAACUGAACCUGGUCCCUGAGACUCUUACUGGAGAACUUUUAUGAUCCCAAAGGAAGAUCCUACCCAACACUGCAGCUCCUGACUCCUGUAGCGCCCCCUUCAGGACAACAAGUGAAGAAGAGUCACUCUGGGAACUAUAAAACGCAGGACUCUGACCCACAUGCUGACUGUUUCUGGAUCUGACCUCAGAUAAAAGGAGGACUCAAAGCCGGUUUUAAAGGUUUGGUUUUUAUCAUGGCGUUGUCCUGUCUGUAGACGGUCUCUGUAGCAGCAGGGAUGUGUCUUCAGAUGUGGUUGAGAUAAAGUUCUCAAGCCUAUGAGUCAGGACUGAAGCUUCAGCCUCAUGAUGCCUCACUUUGAUUUUGAAUGAAUGGAUAAACUGUUGAGUCAGGUCGUUAUAAACCUUGAACAACCUCGGAGAGAACCAGCUCUUUAUCGAAUGUUCUCUCUUUCAUAGUAGAACUUGUCUUACUCAGAAACCUCCAGGUCUUACUGAUAACAAUGUAAAGUAUUAGAUCCUCUCCAAAGAGUUCCUAAAGCUGCAGGAGUUCUGAUCAUUGUGUUUGGAGUUAUUUAUUGGAUCAGUUUGUUACCUGACUGAACUCUUCUGUGGGAUUCAAGUGUCAAAAAGUUUCUGUCAUUAAACAAACUGUUGUCCUGAA